AAAAGGAAUACACCGUGCUCAUGCGCACUGUGUGCAGUUCUGUUUGAAGUGAACUGACCAGUGAAUAUAGUAUGCAACAAUACUGGCGCAAGAAAACUAUUAGAAACCAUACUAAAUGCAUUAUCUCAAAUCCAUUUACAAGUUUUCUUGAUUGUCUCAAUGCAUCGGUGGAACAAUGUUAGGUCAUCACUAUCCAAACGUGGAAAAGUCACAACUGGUCAGCUAUGUGGAGGAUUAUUUGGAAUGUGUUGAGUCCAUGCCUUUGGACAUACAAAGAAACGUCUCUCUGCUGCGAGAAAUUGACUCAAAGUAUCAAGAGGUCCUGAAGGAGGUUGACGAUGUCUAUGAGCGUUACCAGGGCGAGCAGGAUGCGGCACAGCGUAAGAGGCUUCAGAUUCAGCUGCAGCGGGCCCUCAUCAGUAGCCAGGAGCUCGGCGACGAGAAGAUCCAUGUGGUUACCCAGAUGACCGAGCUGGUAGAGAACCGCUCCCGCCAGAUGGACUCCCUCUGCCUCCAGGAGCCCAGCGAGACCAGUGAGCGGGUCGUCACCGAGCGGCGCUCCAGUUCUGUCCAGGAGGCGGCGGUGUCCACCCCUGCUGAGCGUUCCUCGGCCCGCCGGCCGAGACGCCAGCGCAACAGUGAGAGCCGGGACUCCAACCACGCCUCGGGGAAUGGAGCGGUGCUGGACGACCCGGCGGAUGAGCUGCCCCUGCAGCCGCGGGAGAAAAGGUCCAAGUCGGCCAAGAAGAAGAAGCGCAAGGCCAAGCAGGAGCGCGACGCCUCGCCCGUGGAGUUCACCAUCGACCCAAACGAGCCCACCUACUGCCUGUGCGAGCAGGUGUCAUACGGCGAGAUGAUCGGCUGCGAUAACGACGCGUGCCCCAUCGAGUGGUUCCACUUUUCCUGCGUGGGGCUCACCUACAAGCCCAAGGGGAAGUGGUUCUGUCCCAAGUGCAGAGGGGACAACGAAAAGACUAUGGACAAAAACUUGGACAAGAACAAAAAGGACCGGAGGUCCAGGUAGUAGUUACAAGUCCGUUGUCCCUUUCCUCUCGGAACAUUGUUGAACUGAGGGUGGAGUUCAUUCAUUCAAGGGAUGAUGAAAUGUCAAGUUCUGAGAGCAAUCGGAACACUAUUUCCAUCAGCGCUUACUCUGAGUAAAAGACUUGACCAAUACUGAACUGGUGCUGUUACAAUACUGGCAACUCACACUGAAGCCUAAAUGUUGUUUUGCGAAGUCCGAUGUUGACUGUAAGGAUCCUCAGCCUAAUCUGCCAUCUUCUGUCUGUAAUGUGUGUUACUUAACUUCCGUUCUAAGUGUAUUGAGUAACUCGAGAAGCAAAUUUUGGCUUACUAGCCCAUUUGGAAAUGUUGAUUUGAUAUAAUGUAUCUGAAUGAAUGAUGUCCUUUUUGUAAAAAUUAAUACAUUAUGUUUGGCCCAUUUUCUUAGUUGAGUAAGCUUUUACUUAAUUAUGUGUUUUUAAAAUAAGUCUGUUCCAAAUCGUGUGUCUCGAUUCAUGAAUCACUGUACCAGACGGGGCUAAAUAGAUUGUGCAAUGUUUUAUUUUGUAUGGCUGACAGAGGGGUAGUUUGCGCUGUUUCUUUGAGGUGUUCAUCUGAGUUGGGAAAUCAUAAAAUGACCUGAAAUCCCAACUGUCAUUUCAAUUGACCAUCCACAGGCGCAGCACUCCAAUUUGAUAAAAAGUGAUGGUCUGUCUGGAAUGGGAUUUCAUAUUUGUGGAGACAGUCUACGUAUUCUGUCAAAUGUGUAAUUCCCCCACCAUUUCUGUAUAUCCAUUAAAACAAAGUUAUACCGGCGAGAGGGGAACCAAUUUAUUACUUUUAUAUCUGUUUCACUACACCCGCAAUAACAUCUGCUAAAUAAGUGUAUUCGACCAAUAAAAUUUGACUUGAAAUAUA